AGGAGGCGUUUACUGAACACACACAUACGGAGGGGUGAGAUUUUGGCUUCGGUGCCAGGAGGCGGUGGCGCGGCCGUCGAGUGCCCCCUUCGGACCGUGUGGGACACCCCGUGUCUGAGAGGCGGAGACGGGACCCCCGCUGACGUCAGAGGGCCUGUCUGUUUCCUGCAAUAGAAAGUGAGAUAGAAGGUGAAGCAGAAACAGAGCUGAAACCUCGGUCACCAAAGGUGUGCUCCCACCGUGACAGGAGCUCCAGCCGCACCUAUGCACCCAGACGAAGGCUCAGGACUCGACUCUCUGCAAGGUUAAAAAGUCCCAGGAUGCACCUGUGAACCGAGGAAGAAGAUGCCGCGCACCAAGCAGAACAACCCCAAAAACCUAAAAGAUAAAAUCGAAGAGGCACAGAAAGAGCUGAAAGAACCGAAAGAUUCGCAGAAAGAGAGCGGUCGCAGAGCUGCAGACAUCAAAGGCCUGAAGAGGAAAAAGGUUGUUGCAGAGAAUCAGCUGAAAAAAAUUCCCAAAUCUCCGGUGAAGAAGCCCCUGCAGUCGAAAUCAUGUGAUGCUGUUCACGAAUCAUCAUCCAAAGAAACAACACCUUCCCGCUCCUCCUCCUCCAACAGUCCCUCCCACAAUCCUUCAGCGUCCCCCAGCAGGAAAACAGAGUUCCAGUAUGUCCAGCCAGUUGCAGAGUCCCCAGACCAGGGGCCACGUUCCUCUGAAGCUGAGAGGGUGAAGCCGGAGGAAACAGCUUCUCCAUCGCCCAAGCAAUCAGAAAGUGAGGACAGUUUACAGACCGCUGCUGAAGACUCUCGGCCUAAAGACAGCAAUACCCGCGAGCGAAGCCUGGAGGGAGGUUCUUACAGCAGCAGUGCUCCCCUCGAUGUCCUGCUGAGAGCCAUGGAGCCCGACUUCAGCACGCUGGCUGAGAGGAAGAACUCAGUUCAGGCCAUUAGUAAACCCAGCGGGGAGGUCACAGCACUGCCAGCUGUCACUGUGGGUCUGCAGACCCAACCGCCGCACAUGCAGACCUAUUACAUCGACAAACAAGGUAACUUCAUUGGGAUUGCAGCAGCGCUGCAGGGGGGCGCGCGGACGUCCACACCGGGAACAUCGCCGCAUUUUAUGUCUGUUGCUUCUAAUCCAGAAAAGUCUAGUUUGCACAUGAACUUUAACCCCGGACCACCGGCUAUAACUCACGCUCCGGCUCCAUCGGACUCCAACACUCUGCCACAAAGCCAACCGCCAGUGGUGCACACAUGCCAUUCCCUCUCUGCCAGUGUUCCCAGUGCCAUUCAGGUCCCAAUGACGCCUGGCAGCAGCCAUGUGCCAAUGACCAAUAUCAUGAACUUUGGUGCUGAGCAGGUAUCCAAGGAGCAAAAGCCCAAGAAGCUGGGAAAGUAUGUGUGUGAAUACUGCAAACGGGCCUGUGCUAAACCCAGUGUGCUGCUGAAACAUAUCCGGUCCCACACUGGAGAAAGACCGUAUCCCUGCAUCACCUGCGGAUUCUCCUUCAAAACCAAGAGCAACUUGUAUAAGCACAAGAAGUCCCACGCUCACGCCAUAAAGCUGGGGCUCAUUGCACGCUCUGAGUCCGGAGGAGGGUCUCUGUCUCAAGAAUCAGACAAAGCCACGGGGACACACUCGGAGGCCGAGGAGAGCGGGGACAGCGAUGAAGAGGGUAGCGCUGCAGACCUGGACCCUGACUCCUUGCAGAGCUGCAUGGCAGCUUCAACUGAAAACAGUUUACAGAGCGCAGGUACGACCUCGGCGGAGGGAGACUCACUGGUGAAAUCGUCCCCAGGUCAGAGGGCCCAUGAGCCAAAAGUCACAGCAGCGCUUCCAAAAGUCGUUGUGUAUCCAGUUAACGUGUCUCCACUGAGGGCUGACAGUCCACGGGUUACAGGUGCAGCACCUGAGCAAGCCGCUGCACAGCGACAACGGGAGUUCCAGACCGCCAACCUGAGAUCAAGUAUCACAGUCCUGUCGUCUCUGAGGGAGGUGGACGGUACGAAUCCCUCGCUGGACACCGUAAGCGAGGAUGAAGACCAGCAGUGUAAGCCCCCUCUGCUGAGUGGGCAUGCUCAGCUUCAGCGGCAGCAAGCGACGGACUUCUCUCAGCAGCAGCAGCCCAAGUGUCUGCUCAGCCCCCGGAGUUUGGGAAGCACAGACUCUGGAUACUUCUCCCGCUCUGAGAGUGCAGAUCAGGCCAUGAGCCCUCCCAGUCCCUUUGUAAAGAUAACUCCACCAGGAGACACAGACAUCACAAAGACUCCUCUUCCCAGUGUCCCUCAUGUGGUUGCCACAGUGAUGCAUGUAGCAGCUGAGCAUAGACCACGGCCCACAGAGAGACCGAUGCGGCCGCCGUUAGAGGCCAGUGCACGCUCUCUGGAAGAGCGCAUCUCCAAGUUGAUCUCUGAUAACGAGGCUGUAGUGGACAACAAGCAGCUGGACAGCGUGAAGCCUCGGAGGACCUCCCUCUCCAGGAGAGGCAGCAUAGAUUCCCCUAAGUCGUACAUAUUUAAAGACUCGUUUCAGUUUGAUCUGAAACCUCCAGGAAGGAGGUCCAGUUCCAGCUCGGACAUUCCCAAAUCUCCAUUCACCCCCACAGACAAGUCCAAGCCAGUGUUUCUCCUCUCCGUUCCCACUCAGUACCCCCCAAUGGACUGUCUGCCUAUUACAAGGAGCAACUCGAUGCCGACGACACCCGGACACUCUGCUCUUCCCCUUAACGUCCCCCCCGUCCCCCACCCACUGAGAGUCUGUCAAUCAUUUGAUGACAAAAUCAGCUUGCUUAAUGACGAUGUGUUCUCCUCCGCCCCACCAACCCCAAAUGUUGCCAUCCAUUCUCGUACUCUGGUCAGACAGAAAGCAGUGGAGGACUUUUCCACCAAUGAAGGGCACGGGCUCCCGACCGUUCGCUCCAUGGAUGAGGGCUACCACGGGCCGAGCAGCUCCACAGAGCUGGUGCAGAGGAGCAGAUCGUUUGAACACGGUCCAGACAGAACCAGGAAGCCCCAGCAGAACAAAGGCACCAUGUACGAAUGUGAAACGUGUCGGAAUCGGUACAGAAAGUUGGAGAAUUUUGAAACUCACAAGAAAUUCUACUGCUCUGAGCUUCAUGGCCCGAAGAACAAACAUGUGGCUGUGAAAGAAGCUGAGCAGGAUGUUUUUUACAUCAGCAUCCAGCAGCCCGUUAUUGAGAGAUCGAGUGGGUCAGGGAUCUCGGAUCAGCAGACAUCAAUCAGGAAGAGGAGGAAAAUGAAAAGUGUUGGCGAUGAGGACGACCAGUCUCCGACUGACACCAUUCCUCCAUGUUCAGUUAACUUUGCGUCCCAGAUAGCUCCAACACACGGAACCUUUCCUCAGCAUGGUCUGAUAGACAUCCAGCCCAAAAACAACCAGUCAACGCUACCUCAGGUCCAGCUUGUAGCACGAGGGAUGAACACGGUGGAUUCCAGACUGUCCCCGAUACGAGAGACUCAGAUCAGCAGCUCCAACAAGGCUGAGCUGCAAAGGCAGGGCAGCGGCACCUCAGUCAUCAGACACACCAACUCUCUGAGCAGACCAAACUCGUUCGAGGCGGAGUCUGUGGACAGGAUCUCUCCUGCUGACGGUAUGGAGAAGGAUUCUCCAAACAAACCCAACACAGACAGGCCAGCAGGUGUCACAGCCGACACCUACCAUGAAAAAAUGUCCAAACCCACUGCUGUUGAGUACGGAAAACAAAGGAAGGAGCAGGGUAGCGAUGGCGCCGUCAGUGCCAACUCCACGCCCGUCCAUCAGUCUCGCCUUGUCCGUCAAAGUAACAUCCAGGUUCCUGAGAUUCUGGUCACAGAGGACUCAGACAGGGAGCACGAAGCACAGCCCACUGAGCCGGCGGACAAGCCUGCAGAUCAGUUCAGCUGGCCUCAGAGAAGCGAAAGUCUUUCAAAGUUACCUGCAGAAAAACUCCCCCCGAAGAAGAAGAGAAUUCGCCUAGCUCAGAUGGAGCAUUCUUCAGGCGAGUCCAGCUUCGAGUCCAGCCUGUCCCGCAGCCUCAGCAGGGACAGCAGCCUCUCGCGUUGUUCCAGCAUCUCUGCCUCUUUUGACAGGGAAGAACUGUCUCGAUCAGAGAGCCCAUCCAGAGCAGAGGGUCCCAGUAAAAUCCAAGAGCCUCAGGGUUUGUCCACUGCCUUCAACACCCUCGGCGUGCCUGGAAUGAUGAGACGAGCCGCAUCUGAGCAGAUCAGCUGUACUCAGCCCUCUGUGGAGAUUUCAUGUGACUAUCGUAGCAAAUCCUUUGACUGUGGUAGCGUGUCUCCGAGUAGAUCUUUGUCACCUGUUGGUCAGCCAAAGACUGGACAACUGCCCCAAGCUGCCCAGGUGCCACUAAUUGAGCGAAGACGUGGGCCGUUAGUGCGGCAGAUGUCUUUAAAGAUCGGCCCGGAAAGCCAGCAGCCUGUUCGAAAACCUUUAGACAAAUCUCUCAUCACAAAUAUCAGCUCCUUCACCAAGAGUCGAUCCCAGCAGAUUCACAUUGCCAGCAGACAUCCCGUGGCUCAGCCGUUUGUCCUCCAUGCAGCAGCGACGCCGCUGCAACACGAUGAGCAGAUGGUGCAGAGCAUUAACCUGGGCAGCCCCACUCAGCAGCCUCAGAUCCACGGCCUUCCUCACCCCUGGCAUCAAACUUCAAGGGUUCAGAUUUGCCAAAAGAUUCAACAGCCGCUUAGCCAGAUCUCGGUUUGUCGUGAGAAUGUCCACAACAGAUCAAGUCCCUCUGAGGAAAAGAAAUGCUUUGUGCCCAAAUACCAACUACAGUGUCCCGCUCUGAGAGCCAGACAAACGUUUUCCUUCUCCAGCACGCAGGCAGCUCAGAUAGCUUUGCCAAUAUUAACAAUUCCCAUCGCCAAUCCUGUUCUGAGCAUCUCCAAACCAUCUGAUGGAAUCCAGAAUGUCUAUGUUGCCAGUCAGCAGACCUCUGACAUUAAGACACAGACCGUUGUUUUGUCAGGCGAACUGCUAAAGGACCCAUUUGAUCAGAACCAAUCGGGUGUCGUUCCACUGCCACAGAUCCUGAUCACCCAUGAGCAAAUGCACCCUGCAUCCUCUCUGUCCAGUAAAACAGCUUCGGCUCACAGCGUGGAGGCCGACGUCAAGAAAGACCGGAGUGUAGAUCAGCCUCCAUCUCUGGGCUCCCUACAGAAACUGGCCUCGGUGACACUGUAUCCUCAGCAGGAGCCCACCGCUUCCAGUAAACGCAUGUUGUCCCCCGCCAACAGUCUGGACAUCUACAUGGAAAAACACCAGAAAAGGGCCAAAGACGAGCAUGGUGUGGCCUGCCUGACUGACGGCAGGUCAGUCAGUUACCUCAACUCAAAGAUGUCCGAGGUGACGCGGCAGCGAAAGCUGAUGCUGGUCAGGCAGGUCUGCACAACAGAGCCAGUGGACAGUCCCAUCGAGACCGAGGCACCGCCUCUGCCGGACGUCAAACCAGACGAGGACAAGGACUCAGAUGAUAUCAAACCCAUGUCACCUGAUGCUGCAGGGCUGGAAAAACAAAAUCCUGAGGAGGCAGGUCUGGUUCUAAACACUCCACCGGGGAGUCAGGUGGCCUCUCUGCAGGCUAACGCCACCCUGAAACCUCAAGAGAAAGCUGAGGAGCAGAGAUGGACUCCGGCCAAAUCGCUGAUACGACCGUCCAGUUUCCAUGCCGCCCAGGUAAAACUGACCACAUCUGUGUCUGUGGUGAACACCAAGGACACCCACCGCCUGUCCUUCCCCAGCCUCAAGACCGCCACCACCUUCACCUGGUGUUUCCUGAUGAAAAGGAAGCCGCUUCACGUCCAACAGACGGACCUGAAGACGUCAGCAUAUACCGUCUGGACAGUCUGCUCCAACAACCCUAACCCGCUUGGGCUGCCCACCAAGGUGGUCAUGUCUCUGUUCGACUCCAAGCAGAGCUCCAAGAAGAUCCACUACACAUCAGCCAUCAGAACUGACGGGAAGUCGGACAUCUUGUCCUACUCAGGCAAACUGAAGGACGUCAUGCCCAGGGUGCCAGUGACACACAAGUCUGGAUCUGCUGAAACCAGAAGUAAAGUACAACCAGAACCUCAGACCAGCAAUGAUUCAGACACUCUGCCAUCAAUAGAGCCGCGACGGGUCAAAAUAUUCGAUGGCGGAUACAAGUCUAACGAGGAGUAUGUGUACGUACGCGGCCGUGGACGAGGGAAAUACAUCUGUGAGGAAUGUGGGAUUCGCUGUAAGAAACCCAGCAUGCUGCGCAAACACAUCCGAACCCACUCGGACGUGCGGCCGUACCACUGUGUCCACUGCAACUUCUCCUUCAAGACCAAAGGAAACCUGACCAAGCACAUGAAAUCCAAGGCCCAUAGGAAGAAGUGCAUGGAGAUGGGGGUUCCUGAGGGGGUCAUCGAGGACCAGGAUGCAGAGGACUCUGGAGACCGGAGUCACGUGAGCAGCGCUGACCGUGCGGAUUCAGAUGGAGACGACUCUGAUGGCCCUGAUGAUGAGGAGAACGAUGAGGAGGAAGAGGAGGACAGCCAGGCGGAGUCGGGUCUGUCCACCAACCCGUCGGUGUCCGCCAGCCCACAGCACAUCCCCUCCAGAGACACUGAGGUUCCUCCGAGCGCGCUCCUCGCUCAGAUGUCCAUCAGCUCCGUGUCCCUCCCUGUCCCCCACCCCUCAGACUCUGACCUCAUGAUGAGCCCCGUGUCCCUCAGCAAGCAGGUGUCAGGGUCCUGCUGCAGUCCGGCCCCCCUCCCUGCUUCCCCUCCACCCGCCACCUCCGACUCCUACACCUCCGACCCGGAGUCGGUCCACAUGAUGAGCCCUGUGUCGCCCUGCAGGCAGAUGUCCAUCGACUACCCCGACUUUGAUGUUCCCUUUAGCCCCCCAGUUCCAGGCCAAAGCUCCAAGCUGGGCCAGGUUCCCGGGCCCCCCCCUGCCGCCGGGCCCCCUUACGCCGGCCCCCGUGCCACUCCUGCUGCAGCACCUGGUGACUCGUCCACUCCGGUUGACCGCAGCACGCAGACGUGUCAGGUCCCUCCACAGCUGCCCCACCCAGCUGGACCAGAGGCCCACCUGUUCAGCCACCUGCCGCUGCACUCCCAGCAGCCAACCCGCUCGCCCUACAGCAUGGUCCCGGUCGGAGGGAUUCAGCUGGUCCCCGCUGGCCUGACUACUGGCUUGGCCACCUUCGUACCGAUCCAGGCCGGUCCAGUCCAGCUCACCAUCCCAGCUGUGGGGGUGAUUCACAGAAAUACAAGCCCACUGCCACCUCCCAACACCCCCUCUCAGCCGGAGAGCCUGCAGACCCAGCCGCUGCUGGUACAGGAACCCAUCAGCAGCGUGGUACCGUGCUUCCCUCUGGGGCAGGUCACGGGCCUGGAGACCCUGAACCUGAUGGGCCUGACCAAUGCUGGCCUCACUCCCACCCAGCUGCUCCCCCAGCAGGGCCUCACCCUCAAUGCCACUCUUGGCUUGCAGGUUCUGGCUGCCAGCCCGACCUCCCAGAGCAGCACUGGCCCACAGACUCACAUGCCGGGCCUGCAGAUUGUGAACAUUGCCCUGCCCGCCAUCAUCCCAGCUCUCAGCCCUCUGUCCACCCUCAGUCCGCUGCCUGGCUCCUCAGAAAGUCCAGAGGGACCGCGGGGGCCCCUGGCUCAGACCGAACCCGCUGCCAGUUCUGUGCAGAGCUGUACACAGGCAUCGCCCCCGGACCCGACCUGCACCAGCACCGCAGAACCCACACAGACUGUCGCAAAGGAAGACGGAGAGAAAUCCCCGUCACAGAGUCCGCCGGAUGGCCCCGACCCUCCAGCGUCGGACCCGAUGACACCACGAGCACAGACCAGGAUCAAUGACUACAACGAGGCGUCCAGCGACGAUGAAGACAGACUCGUCAUCGCUACCUGAGACACUUCCUGUUGGUUCUAAAACACUUUAAAGCACAGACGCUGGUAUAAAACGUGCAAUCAGAAUUCUGACCAAUUUGUUUUCUUUUUACUUCUUCGUUGGUUCUGGACGAUCUCACUUUUUUGUUCUUUUUUGUACAUGUUGUAAAGACAAUUGUGCCUUUAUGGAAUUUGUUGUAAAUAAUUCCUGACGACUUCAGUGGUUGUUUGUGUUUAUAUGAAAGAGAUAAAAACAUGCAGGAAAUCAGUUUUUCUUUGGACGAUGUGUCAUUCGUUAAUGUUUGGAACUAUAAAUGUUGUACUGGUAAAUGUACAUUUCUAUGGAUUACUCUGGGCAACGUCUCGGUGUACAGAUGUUGUGUUCAACUAUUUAUUAUAAUCCAUCUCGUGCCCGUUUUGAUUCAUGAGACCAUAGCUAUGUGCAUUAUGGUAGCUUUACAUUGCUGUAUUAAUAUUCUGAAUUGUAUCAGUAAACAUUUGUUUAUGAAGCUUUCA